AGACGGCAUAGAGAGCAGCAGUGAAAGAGACCGACUGACAGACUGAGAGAGAGAGAAAGAGAGAGAGAGAGAGAGAGAGAGAGAGAGAGAGAGAGAGAGAGAGAGAGAGAGUCACUAAAGAGCUUGAGCUCUCAGUGUCGGUUUUAUUCCAACCACGGACAGCUGCCGUGAUCGAGCCAGAGAGGAAAGAGAGAGAGUUUUCACAAAAAAGAAAAGAAAAGAGAAGCAAGAGAGAGAGAGAGAGAGAGAGAGAGAGAGAGAGAGAGAGAGAGAGAUGGAUUCAGAUUCAGGAGAGCUGAGUGAAGGAGAGCUUUCUCCAGGUCCUGAGAUCUUCAACUCAAAGAACCUGGCCCUGCAGGCACAGAAGAAGAUCCUAAGCAAGAUGGCAACGAUGGCGGUGGCCAACCUGCUGACGGACGACACUAGCAGCUCCAUCCUGGAUGAGCUGUACAAGGCAAGCAGAGAGUUCACCAAGAGCAAGAAGGAAGCGCACCGCAUCAUCCGCGACGUCAUCAAGAUCGCGCUGAAGCUCGGGGUGCUCUACCGCAACCGGCGCUUCAGCAGCGACGAGCUCGAGGCGGUCGAACGAUUCCGCAAGAAGCUGAACCAAGCCGCCAUGACGGCCGUAAGCUUCCACGAGGUCGAGUUCACCUUCGACUGCGGCAUCCUGUCCCAGCUGCUCCUCGAGUGCAGGGAUCUACUCCAUGAGAUUGUGGAGAACCACCUGACAUCGCGCUCGCAUGCGCGCAUCGAUCGCGUCUUCAACCACUUCUCCGACGUCCGCUUCCUGGCCGAGCUCUACGGCCCCGGAGACGAGUAUAGACUCUACCUGAGCAAAAUUUGCGAAGGGAUAAACAAACUCCUGGAUGAAGGGAUUCUUUAGCGACUUCUUCCCUUUCUCUCUCUUAUGUCCUCCAUUUUCUACCAGACUGUCAAUCAAACUACUCCGUUUUAUCUCCAUUACACCGAUGUUGCUUCUUCGCUCUGAUUCCUCCCGAGUAAAUUCCAGAUUGUAUAAUGACUCAGAUUCAGAAGAUGUAUUAGAUGCUAAUGGCCAAAAUCGAACCAUCAGGUUUAUAUGGAAAGUAGUAGCUCAGUGAACAGAAAGUCAGGGGUUCAAGCCCCUGUAUUACCAAGCUGCUGCCAUUAUUUGGGCCCUUGAGCAAGGCCCUUAACUCUCCAUGCUCCAGGGGGGACUGUAUCAUGGCGGACCCUAUGCUCUGACCCCGGCUUCCUGCUUCCUAACAACACUGGGAUAUGCAUAGAAAGAAUUUCACUGUGCUGUAAAAGUAAAAACCAUCUUUCAGUAAAGCCACGUGGACCACGUUAGCUUUCUAUUACCUUUUCAAAUACCCUCUUAGGAACUUAGAAACCUUGACCUUUACAUUUAUGUAUAGAUGCCCUCAUCUAGAGCAACUUACAUCAACCUCAAUCAAACAACUAAGCAGCUAUGGGGGUUAGGGGACUUGCUUAGGGGCCCAGGAGUGGCAACUUGGUGUGACUAGGAUUCGAAUUCAUGACCUUUGGAUCCAAAACCUUAACCACUAAGCUAGCACUUCUUCUGCUCGUCAGUAGUGUCCUCAUCAGUAGAACCUUAAAAAAAUCUUUAUUGGACUCUCAAUCCCAUGUUGCCAUAGUAACAUACAGAGUGACCGAGUUACAAGUAUGAAAGUUAAAGAAUCAUUGAAUUGUUAUAUUUUAUUCCAAUAAAAACAAGCAGGUUUCAGUUGUCGCUUAAGUGAUAGCCGUUCUUUAUUCAUGUAGUUACGUUACCAUAGAAACCGUAAACAAGCACAACCCACUCAGAUGUGGAUGAAGCUCCAGUUUACAGCAUUUCCUCUGACUGUUACUGUUACUGUAUACUGGAGACUCCUUCCAGACAUGUUCGUUUCUCAGUUGCUAUGGAAACGCUAGCGUAUGGGAAUGAACGCAUUAAUAUGAGCCUGCGCUACUGUCAGAGCUGCAGAGAAUUCCUCAACACCUUCUGACCAAUCAGAGCGCAGAAUCUUGUGAUGUCGAAGUCACGCUAGUCAUCAGUAGAUUGCGAUAUGUUGGUGGUGUGUUGUGAGAUCACUCCUCAACAGCAGAACUUAAGUGCAGCACUUCAUCCAUUCUUUUUGAUGUUCUCCCCCAUCCCUCCAUUCCAUCUCAUCUCUCCAUCCUUCUUCUUCCUCUUUUCCUUCACCUCUUUAUCGACACUCAUUUCCUCAAACUGCGUGACAGCUUGAACAAUUGCCUGGGUGAUGGCAUGCUUCAGCCUCUUUCUCCUCGACACUUCUGGACUCCGUGUUGUUUUUCUUACUGCUCCAUCUCCUGGAAUGGUGUUGCAGCUGAUGUUCUUCUCUCGUUCCUCUCCUCCUCUGCUUGCUCUGGUACACGGUUUCCUCUUACUGCAGAGAAAGACAUGAUGGUGACAAAAUGUUAGGAUGUUAGCUGUAUCCAAACCUCUGCAUGUGUGUGUGUGUGUGUGUGUGUGUGUGUGUGUGUGUGUGUGUGUGUGUGUGUGUGUGGAGGGUAUGAAAAUAA